CAGGAGAGAGAGAGGACGAGAGUGGGUGGGUGAGAGAGAGAGAGAGAGAGAGAGAGAGAGGGAGGGUGAGUGAGAAAACUUUUCAGUUUUAAAGAGCGAGAGGAAGUGUGCGCCGGAGUUCCAACCAUGCAGGAGGAGCCAGGAGAAGCGCUGGGAGGUGGCAGCAACAGGGGGUUGAUGUGGCUGUGUCCUCUAUGUCAAGAAAGUCAACCAGACCGUGUGAAGCUCUCUCUUCACCUGUCAGAGAAACACAGUGUCCUCCCUGCUUGCCUUGAUAAAUUACUGGAUAUUGCUGCUCCCAAGCACCCUUCAAUUGCUGAAGAUGAAGCAUCCAAAGUCCAAAAUGAUGCAGAUGACACAGCUCAGCGGAAACAUUUAGAAAACACACAAUCCCCCUUAAUGGUCUCCAAAAAUGAGAGUGAAUCUACAGAUGCAGGUGACAAAGAUGGUCCUUCUCAGGAAAAAGAUUUGGAUGAAGAGAUGGUAGUGAGAAAUGAGGAUAGUGAUGAUCAGGACAAUGUUGAGCAAUCUGUAAAAACAUCAGAGGCUUCUGUAAGCAAUGGCAGGUCCACCGAUAAAAACACCUCUGAAGGUGAUAAUCGUCCAUUCAAGUGUAAUGCAUGUUUGGAGUCUUUCCUCACCAGAACGGCUCUGAGCGUUCAUUAUAAUUCAACCACCCAUAUUCAGAGGAUGAGAACAGGGACAGGGAAAGAAAAUGAUUCGACACCCUUCCUCUCUCGACCUUAUAUCUCCAACAAACCAUACCAGUGUGCUGUCUGCCGUGUCUCGUACAAUCAUGCCAUAACCCUGGAAAGUCACUUAAAAUCUGUGUUGCACCAGAGUCGCAGCAGGAGUGCUGGAAAUGCUACUACUAGUUCCGCUGCAAAUACAGGAACUGGAACCAUGCUUCAGAAUUUGGCUGCAACCACUGUUGGAAACACUACGCAGUUAGUUAACGCCUCCACCGGCAAUUGUGUCACCCAAGCAAACCUGACAACAACAGCAGUAAUGACCAAAGAUGGAGAGCAGAUGCAGCCUCAGCUAGCUCCCUCAUUACUUUCUUCUCCAGUGGCCUCUGCACAAGCAAUGUCUGCUAUUCUUACUCUCCUGACUUCCAGCCCAAAUUCUCUCCCACACUCCAUCCAUCCUUCUCUCUUUACAACUGGGGCAUCCGCAACACCAGGGGCAGCUACCCCGCAGCUUAUACCCCAGCCUCAGAUGCUCAUGCCUCUGGUGUUGAAUGGGCUCCAAACUCAAAUUCAGGGCCAAAAUUCAGAGUCUCCAAACCAGCUUUUGCAACAAGCAGUGCCAGUCCUUGGUCUCAGUGCUGCACAACAGGCUGUCUUGGCCCAAAGACUUAGUGGCUUACAAAGUCAUUGGUCUGCAUUUGGCCUUCCCAACACCAAUCAGAUUAAUUUGGAAGAGACAAACAAGACUGUUGAAAAGGGUGGAGAGACAAAAAGUGAGAUAAAUGUUGAGCCCUCUGAUUGGCAGACGUCACAGAAAUCUGAUGAGGACUGGGAAAUUGAUGUAAAGAAAGAGAUGUGUAACAAGGGAGAGAACAAACUAGAGCUCAGCCAAUUGAAAAUGGUUGAUGGCACAAUGUGCGAUGAAAAUAAGCAAGAAGAAAGUGAAAUGGAAUUUGAGAGAACAGGUAAGGAGGGCAAUGCAAGCUCCAAAGCAGACUCUGGUCUCAGCCAUACAUGUACUGGUAACAGCUACGGUCCUGUUAACUGCACCUUUCGUAACACUAAUCUUGCCUUAAGAUCUUCAGCCCAUAAGUGUGCUAAAACUCAUCCACUCUUGUCUUCGGGAUGUCCUAUGCUCACUGAGUUUCAGACUCAAGUUUUAUGGGCCUUUCUAGAGUCACGAGAUGAGACUGAAGGAUCUAGUCCUCAGCGGGAAGACUGUGAAGCCCUCGGCAGGGAGGUGGGGCUAAGUGGGGAAGAGGUACGCAAAUGGUUCUUAGAUGCCCAGAAUGCCAAAAAUAGGGACCGAUUAGACAGCAUCCAUGAUGAGAUAGAUAGAAGUUUGGAGGAUGAAGAAGGUGAUUUAAUGAUAGACGAGGGUGAAGAUGAAGACAGUCCAUCAGCUUCAGGCAGUCAUGCACUUGACUUAUCCAGUACUGCAGAAAUACAGAGGGAAAGUAUUGGUAAGGGAAGCCCACGAGAACUGCUUUUGACAUCUGAUUCUGAAAAUGAAGAGUUCUACACCUCGGUUAUUGUGACUGAUGAAGAGAGUCAGAGCAGCUCUGUGAGGGAAGACUCAGGCAGCCCGAUCAAACAGCCUUCACAGGUAGAGACAACAACAGGUGAAAUGUCAAGUGGUGGUGGAAAGGUUCUUCGCUCUACCACAGUCUUCCUCUCGGAUGCAGAGGAUGAAUAUGAUAAUGAACAGAGCACAAAGAGGAAAAAGAGAAAGAGUGUGAUUGACAAGGAAGAGGUGGAGAUCAAGCGAGAGAAACAAGAUGUAGAUGUCGAUCUUCAGUUGGAGGCACAAGCAGACCCUCCUACUCCUCUUUCAGUUGCAGUUGAUCAGGGUGUUCCAACUGGCAUCUUGCAAUCCUUGCCCCUCUCCCUCUCAUUGGCUCCACUUUCCACCCAGUUAUAUAGUCCCUAUGUUCUCUCACUUCCUUCAUCUGUCAUUGGGGUUGGGGUUGCUGAAGGAAAUCAUAGUAAAGUGACAUCCUUUUCCAACCCUCAAGCAGUUUCUGCCACUUCUCUUACACACCCCUUAUCUAAUGGUAAUGAUUGUGAGUCUGCUUUGGAUCUAAGCAUAGGUAAAAACCACAGCUCUACAAUAGCAUCAUCAUCAGCAUCUGUCUCUUCAGCCAACAAGCCCUCCAUACAGAAAACUACUUUGCUUGAUGGUCUGGGACUGAGACCAGCAACUGUUGGUGUUCCUGGAGAUGGAGGGCUUAUUGUUGUUCAGGUCAAGCCAGAUUCUGCUAUUUCAAUUCCAUCUUCUAAUAAAAGUACUAUAACGAAUCGCAAUAAUUUGACUAGCACUGUGUACAUGAGGGCAGCAGAAAAAGUUAACACAUCACUCAUGGAAAAAGUGAAGGAGCGGGAAAAAGAGCAAGAACAUAAGAGGCCAAAAGUACGACGGUUCAGGGACAUGAGACGUUCCAGAACCAUAAUUCAUGCUGACCAGCUGGAUAUUCUCUAUGGUUGCUAUUUCAAAGAUCCAAAUCCAGGAAAACAUGAAUUUGAACAAAUAUCUGAGUGGGUUAACCUUCCAAAGAAAGUGGUACAAAUAUGGUUCCAGAAUAUGAGGGCUAGGGAGAGGAAGGGAGAGGUUCGUUUCAUCAGUGAUGGCACUUUAGCAGCUGUUGGGAAACCUCUCAUUAAGUUCACGUGGCCACUGUCUAAGCCCAUAUUCUCAACACCACCUAAAUCUAACCCAAGUUCCACUACUGGCUGGACCUCUUCAAAACCCCAGACUGGAAAUGUUCCUCCAAAGAUGGUUAAGGAUGUCAAGGAACCUCUAAAAAUUCCCACUCAAGGUCCAAGCAGACCAAAUGAGAAGCCCUCCUUUACUGUUGUGUCCACCAGUCCAUUAUUAGCACCCAAGACCAAAGCAGAAGCAAGUCCCAUUACAAUGGUUAAAAUAGCCCCUAAGGCAGUGGCCACUCCAAUUGCCAUUCCUCUUUUAGUCAGUGGGACUCCUACAUCUCGAUCUGCUCAGAAAAGGAAGUUAGAGGAGGUAAAGGCUGAGUCAGACCAUACAGAUGAAGAGGAUGUUGAUUGCAAAGGAGUUAAAUCUGGGACUACCAAUCACAUGGUGCCAAAAUUUUCCACAACGCCAAUAAACAAAUCUUCUGCCUUGGCAUCUCAGAAACACAAUGGGCUGAAAUACUGGUCUCAAAAAGGUCAAUUUAAGAUAAACACUCUAUCAAGAGAACAGUUAGGCCUAAGCUCCCUGCGACCUGCACCUACCACUACCCCCAUCAAACCAUCCCCUGUGACGGUUACUGCAUCCUGUGGUCAAAGCCAAAAAGAAACAAGUUACAUGCAGCAGAACUCCACUCCAAGGCGACCUCGAACUCACCUGAAUGGUCUUCAGCUGUCUAUACUGCAGUCUUGCUACGAGACAUGUGCUCAUCCUAAUGCACUAGAGUGUGAUGCGGUGGGGACACAGCUUGGGCUUCCACUAAAGGUUGUACAAAUCUGGUUCCAGAAUACACGUGCCAAGGAGAAACGCUGGAGACUACAACAAGAGAAGUCUUCUAAUCCCAGAGACCCCUCUCGGAAGGUAGAUGUCAGCUCGGGUAGCUACCUACAAUACAAUGCCCUCCGAGCCAACCGUCCCAUUCUACCCAAACCUGUACAACUGACAGUUGUGGAGCCUACUCCAUCUUAUACCAUCAGUCAGUCAACAGUCCGUGAGACUCUAAGAGGCAAGUGUCAGGCCUGUGGGGUUGAAUUUGAAUCCAGGGCUGCAGCACGUGACCAUGUCUUCUCAUCUCGGCAUCUUGCCACUCUGAGAACCACUAACUUCGGUCAGCCUGCAUUGGUGAUGAGCAAUGGAUCUGGUACUGGAUCUUCGGGUGUUGCUAGCCAGUCUUCUUCUCCAUCACCAGCUAGCAGCUCCAGCUAAAGAAAGAAUUAAAGCUGGUGCAGUUUGUGGACCCACUAGACUUGUUGGCUUUCAAUAGACAUAAGAUGGGUGCUGGUAUUUUAAGCUAAAUUUGUUUCGAGGCUCUAAGAUCGGAGUGGGCCCAGAUGACUCUGGCCAUCUUCGCUUGCUCUCCUUGGAUAUCAGCGAGACAUUAUUAUAUACAGUAGAGUCUUUGCUUACAGGGCUCCUUUUAAUGACCUAUUGCCACAGCACCAUUUACUAUAAAUAAUCUACUGAAAUAGUAAUCAUGGACAUGCUAAUGCUUAUGUGAUUAUGGUCCAUCUUUCACAACUUCAUCUCGGUUUAUGUUGAGUAAUAAUCUACUCACAUUCACCCAAAACACUAUUUGAUUGGGAGAAUUUAUGGUAAUGAAGCACCCAAAAACUCAACCAAAGUGCUCUGGGUUGUCAGUUAUGUUUUGGUACUGCUUUUGCUUGAACCAGGGUGGUCUUUAUUAGCCUAUUUUAAAGUCUAUAUAGAUAAGUUGUUUCUAAACUGAUUUAUCUUCGAUCGACUUGAUUCACAGAAAUUUAUUCUGUAAAAAGAUUUUGUUUACAACUGGUUCAGUUGAAAGAAAUAUCUAUACUAACAGUUGAUGGUAAUUAAUUAUUAGGGAUGACAAAUAAGGCAAAGAAUAUGUGUAGUCUAGAAUUUGGGAGAGUGUUCUGAAUCCUGACACAUUAAAAAAAGUUGUGAACAAUAUAAUAGCUAUUUUAAACAGCCAUCAUGACAAUCCUAUAUUCAUAAGCAGAGCUCUAGUUGAAAGUUAAAAGAUGUCAGAUGGUCAUCACUUAGCACUUUGACCCUUUUAAAAUCUCAGACAUGUUUUAUAGAUUUUCGUGUCCCACAAAAUAAACAAUUUUGUUGUGUGGUGAAAUACUGUAAUUUCAAACUGUAAUGAAGUAUUAAUCAGCUUUUAAUGUUAUUUUAAAGAAUUUGCAUCGCACAUAGUUAAACAAGGGCAAAAAAUGAAUCAGAUCUAGCUGCUGUGCACAAGGCCAAAGUCAAAUCUGUACUUACACAGUUUUAUAUGGAUUUGUGGAACAGCGAAAAUUCUAUACCUUAUAACCUCUGAGCAAAACCAUUUUGUUUCAUUUAAAUUUGUAGGGAACAUCCCCAGCUUGUCAAUAUGAAAUAAACACAAAAGUCCUUUAUUUAUGGUAAAAGCAAAAGCAUUUUAGAAAUAUGGGAGAGAGAUGUCAUUUUCUUGUUCCUUCAUUAAGCAGUUUGUGUUGUUGCAAACCAAGUGCUCAUACUGAGUAGAUAAAAGUAAAACCCACCUGGAGAGAAGAGAGUGCCAUUUAGUGGGCCUGGAAGCUAUUCAUCAGGGCAUCAGGAGGUGCGAUUUGAAGGACAUGAAAUACUAAAGAUGAUUUUCCUUUUUUAUUUUAUUUUGUAUAUUAUUAUUGAUACUAUUAAUACUUAUAACAAAAUGCAAAACUUAAAAAAAAAAAAAAAAAAUGUAUGAACUAUAUUAAGAAAAUGAUAUUCCAAAGUUAUUCUUUCUCUUGCUUUGUCUCAUUAAAGAAACCAAAAAUCAAUCUUGAUUGGAAUAAUGCAAACAACAAAGGAGCUCCCAUAUCUUGACACUUUGAACUAGUCCAGGGUUUAAGCAUGAGCUACAGGUAGAGAAUUUUAGACAACUCGACUUGGAACACUUGAAAUUCAUAUAAACGUAUUUUUUUCUUUCAGUAUAUCCCACUAAAUACCAAUUGUUUUUGUUCAAAUUAGUGUCAGGUUGUAGCUCAUAUUGAAUGAAUAUGGACUGGGUUGUAGUGCAGUGCUAUAGGACAUGGGAUCACAAGCUGUAGCACUGUUCAGAGUAUACAGGUAGAAUAUGGAGAAAUGCUUUUUAUAUUAUCUUUUCACUUUUUUCAUUGACACUUGAUUAUUGCUUGUUAUAACUGUACUACUUACAAUUGUUUCAAUACUCAUCACUGUUUUAUUAUUAAUUCAUAACGAUUUUUAAAGGCAUAUCAAACUUAGAGAUGUUAUUGAUAUGAAUAUUGACGAUAAUGAUGGCAGUCUUAUUAAAAUUAGACUUGAUUAAGCUUGUUUCCCCCCUCACUUGUACCUUCAUUUUGUGUUGGUUCUCCUUUUUUUAUUUUUUAUUAUUAUUAUUAUUAUUAUUAUUAUUAUUAUUAUUAUUAUGGAGAAAACAAAUAAACUGAAGUUCAUGUA